UCGCUCUCUCUCAACACACACAUGAGAUCUGCAACAGAGGAAGGCUGGUGUCUACGCAGUACAGCUCUGAUAGAGAGAGAGAGAGAACGAGAGAGCGAACAGCCGAGCGAGAGAAGGAGAAAGCCAGGCAGAGUGAGAGUGAGACAGAGACUGAGCGAGAGGGCAGUAGCUUCAGUGGACACCCUGCCAGCCUCAUCUCCAGCCCCUGAAAUGUUCAUCACCUGCUCCAUUAUUUAAUCAGCACACGUGCUUCUCUUGCACUCCUCCUUUUUCCCAACACUCUGCUUGUUUUUUUCUGCCUAUCGUUGGAUCUACACCAGUAUGUGUGAGUGUGUUUGAGAGUGUGUGUGAGAGAGUGUGUGUGUACCGUCACUUCUCACUGGACUGCUGGACCAACAUGGAUAUCUAUUCUAGGACUCCACUAGAGUGGGACGGGGGUCUGUUGUUCCAGGGAGGUUCUAUGGUAGUGCUCACUGAGCCAGCUACAGCCACAGCUACAACUAGAGGAGAGGACCGACUGUCACAACAGAACUGACUGUAUUUACAAUUCAGUCCUCUUUACUUACUACGAGAAGGAGGAAGGAGUGUUGGGAAGUCUUCCUCUGCUCAGCUUUGGGAUUGGAGGGGUGCAGACGUCGGAUAACAUCAGCCGAAAGCACGCCUUUAAGGUUUGGUACGAGGAAGAGGAGGAAGGUGAGAUUAAGGGCCACAUUGUGUUCUGUAUGCAGGCUGAACACGCAGGAACACGCACGUACUACUUCAGCGCUGAGACUGCUGAGGAACAGGAGGAGUGGGUCGACGCUAUGAACGAGGCAGUCCACAUACUCCCUUCAUGGAGGACCACCAACUCCGAGGCCACCACGCCCACAGCGGAACUCCAUGGUAACACCUUGGUAACCAAAGGACCUGAACCACACACCCAGACACACACACACAUCGAGGACAACAGCCAGACGACGGACGUCCAAGACGCAGAGCGCGGACCACGAAAACCCGCCCAUCACAAGGUCAACGGGGUUGGCGCCAUGGAAACCCCCCUUCCCUCCACCAGCAACUCAGAGCAGGAGGGGAGGAUGGAGGGAGAGAGGACAGAAGGGCCUGGACCUGGGGGUGCACACCAUCCUCAUCACCAACCCAAUGGGUGGGGCCCCUACGGUCCCCCAAACGGACCCCCCCAGGGUAACGGGCGGCCGCUCCAGGGACCUCCAGAGGGAGGGAUGAGAGAGGGGAGGGAGGUGAGGGAGAAGCCUGAGAAUGUGGUGCUGAGACGGGGCUUUGUGCCACGGACGAACCCUGAGAGACAGGCCCAGAGGAAGAGUUCCAUGACCCAGCUACAGCAGUGGGUCAACCAGCGCAGAGUCAUGGCUGUACAGGAGGACAUGAACAGUACCUCCCGUUACUACACAGUGAACCGGGGUGUUCCAGCUGACUACUACAGUGUCUACGGUAGCGUGGUGGGUGGUCCAGGCUACGUGGAGCAGUACCCCCUCUACCCCUUGGGCAUACGCCCCGACAGCAUCUGCUCUGUGUCCGCCAUGGGCUACGACCGCCUGGGCCCCCCUCGCAGGACCAACGAGGACAAGAGAUGCUCACUACGGGACGGACCCUCGCCCCCUCGAGACCCAUACGGUCCCCCACCCGGCCCUGCCUAUUACAACCAGAUGGAUGCAGCCCAGACCUCCAUGAGGCGUCUCUCCAUUCAGCCCAGGUCUAGGUCCGUCCCCAGGUCCCCUUCCUCAUCCUCGGGUGGUCCCUACUCACCCGGCCCUCAUAGCUUUGCCUCGCCCAUCCGCUCGCCCUCGGCCCGGUUUGACAGAGGACCAAGCAGGCUACAGGAGGAUGUGAUCUACGCUGACCCCUCUGUGUACGGACUGAGGAGAUCACUGAGCUCACCCAAGUAUGAUUACCCUGGAGACAGGAGGUCGCUAAGCCAAGGAAUGUACCACUACAACUACCCUGCCUCCCCCUCUCUCCACAGCAAAAUGGAGGACAUUUUAGACUUGCAGCUCCAGAGAAACCUGGAGUACCUCGAUCAACAGGUGCCUCCAUUCGAUGACCCCUACAGGGAGCUGCACCCUACACUGAAUCUCAACGAGAUUGAGACCAGCAAACUUCUGGGUCGUCUGUGUGAGCAGAACAGGAUUCUAAAGGACCAGGAAGCAGUGGUCCACAGGCUGAGGAUGGACAAGGACAGCCUAGAGGGUGCGCUGGUGGCCACACACCAGGAGAUGGAGCUGUACCGGGGUCAGCUGCUGGCUGCAGACAAAUUACAGCUGAAGAAGGAGACACUGCAGAACCAGCUCAUCAACAUCAGAGGAGAACUCUCCCAGGCAUCCAGCGUUCUGACCACCAGUCGGAUGGAGUUUGAAGCUUUGGAGGACGAGGUCAAUGCUAUCCAUGGAGACCUGUGGGAACAGCUCAAUACAGGCGGGCAGAGUGAGAUGAUCCACAGACACAUUCAGAAGGAGUUCUGGAGAGUUCAGGAUGUGUUGGAAGGACUCCACAAGAGCAACCUUUCCAGAGGCACAGACACAGCCAAACACCGGGUAGCCAGUGGAGCAUCUGGUUCUUUUAGCACCAAUAGUCCUGCUAGUCCCAUGAGCUCAGUAAGCCUCACCAGUCCACUCAGCCCUUUCUCCCCAGUGCCCGGUUCCCAGGCCUCCCCCUCCAAACAACUGGGUCCGGAGGACAUUGGCCCGCCACGACCACCACUUCCCAAAUCCUACUACCCUCUGGAGUCGCUCCCCUCCCUUCCCCCCUCCCUCCCCCCUCUGCCCUUCGACAGCUCCACCUGGCUACGCAGCCUGGGCCUGGAUGACGGUUACCUUGACGAUGAAGAGUCCCACAGCAGAAAGCACAAGUACGGUUAUCGACAGGACAUGUCACCAGAAGAAUGGACCAAUAGCAACGAAGCUCAGGAGCUGGAUCUGGAUCGACAGGCCAACAUGAAUAAAGUGGGGGUCGUUCCUCCCAGGACUAAGUCUCCCCUGGAGGAUCAGGGCCAAUCCUACGACCAUGGAUUCUCCCGACGCAACGGCAAGGUGCCUAAUGGAAUCUCCAGGGAGCGUCCGAAGAGUGCGGUGUUCCCGGCGGAGGUGAAGUCCAAGAUGAGCGUUGAGGAGCAAAACGAGCGUAUCCGUAGGAACCAGAGCAGCUCCGUCAGGGACAAGAGACGCAGCCUGAACCUGGGUAGCCAGGCUGGUACCAACUACAGAGUGGUGAGGCGGAGGCUGACAACCCAUGAGGUGGACAUCAAGGACCUGGAGGCUGCAGUACGGGGGGAGGGGGUACAAGAGUCACCCCGGGAGGAGAUUGCUCGCCUCAGACGGUUACAGAUGGAACCUGACCAGUACAACCUGGACAUCAGCAAAGAGCUGUGUACUCCAGACAAGAUUCUGAUUCCGGAGCGCUACCUGGACGUGGACACUCCUCUCAGCCCAGAGGAGCAAAAGGAGAAACAGAAGAAAGUAGAGAGGAUCAAGACGCUCAUUGCCAAAUCAAAUCUCCAGAACGUGGUUCCCCUAUUGGACGGUCCUACUGAGGGGGCUGGUUCCCACCACCAGAGUAACCCAGAGCAGCAGCUCCAGGACCAGGAGAAGAGGAUUGAGAUCUCCUGUGCCCUGGCCACCGAGGCCUCGCGACGCUCCCGUCUGCUCUCCGCCCAGUGCGCCCCCAGCCCCCACGCCUCCCCGACCAGCCUGGCCCCUCCCCCCUCCUCCACUGGCUUCUCCGACUCCGCCCACAUCAUGAAGGUGUGAGUCUGUGAAGCUCAAGCACUGGCUGCCGUUAAGUUUGAUGGAGCAUCCUUCUGAGGAUCCACUGGAAUAUAAAGAAUAAGCCCAAAGAAACUGGUUUUGUUUAGUCUCUGACCGUACGCCCGCCGGUGUAUAAACCCAACGACCUCCACAACAACACAACAGGAAAAAGGAAGCUGUCACAGGAAGUCUGGAAAGUUGGCCACCUGAGGACGUCUUCAAGCCAAACAGACUAAUGAUGGAGAAACUUAAACUUAAUGUCCACACCUCCCACCCACCCCAGGGGCUGCUAUAACAGCAUCCUCCACUCUCCCUCUGUCAAUGACCACAUUUACACUCUUCCUCUCAGCCUAGGCCUGGUAGAAAAGAGCUUCUCUAUGAGGGCAGGAAAAGCAAACAAAACAAAAGCAAAUUUACAAUUGUGGGUGUACACAAUUUUUUGAUGCAGCAUCUGAAGCUACUAAACUAGCCAUAGAGUACAUUACUCAUAGGGUGUAUACAGUACAUUACUCAUAGGGUGUAUACAGUACAUUACUUAUAGGGUGUAUACAGUACAUUACUCAUAGGGUGUAUACAGUACAUUACUCAUAGGGUGUAUACAGUACAUUACUCAUAGGGUGUAUACAGUACAUUACUCUAACAUGGUCUCCGCCAUGCUAAACAGACAGUCAGACAGUGUUUCUCUGUUACUCAGCUCAGAACGGUAUCUGCUAUGGAAAGAUUAGAAGUACCACAGAGACUAGAAGCCAAGGACAGUAGAGUUUUGUGACUGAACGGUUCAGGAGAGCACUUAUUGUACGUGAUGCACAGAUCUCAGUUAAGAUGAUUAGGGAGGAGGACUGGCUGAGCUGGACUUCAGGAAGAAGGCAGGAAGGUUUUUAUUGGUGCAGAGAGUAGUAGAACAAAUCAGAGACUGAUGUGUUUAGUGUAACAGAAAAAGGUUACAGAGGAGAAGGAGGUGAACGGAGGGUGGUUCAAGAACCAUAAAGAGAUAAAAGUAGCAACAGAAGGUACCAGAACAGAAUACGGCAUCUUAAGAGCAAUGUGGUCUUCUCUCUAUUUGACUCCUGGGUCAUGUAGUCUUGUUUCUGAUUGGCCCCUGGGUCAUUGUCUCUGACUCAGUUAAACAGCCCUUGACCCUCAGAGGCCAGUAGCGGGAGAGCUGUACUGCAUGCAAGCAAAGUGGCACACACAUACACACACACACACACCAUUCUUUCCCACCUCAAUCCACUGGUGUCAGGGCAUGGGUGUACAGCAGUGCGUGAUGAGCCCCCCCCCCCCCCCCCCCCCC